AUGCUGGUUGUUCCUGGCACGAAAGUUCCACCUAAGUUCCGUCGCGUCUACGGAGGUUGCGAAGGGUGUCGGAGGCGUCAUAUCCGAUGCGACAAAGGCGUUACUAGCUGUAGGCAAUGUGUAGACAAACAUGUCGUAUGCCCCGGCUAUGCAAGAAAAUUCACCUUCGUCGAGGGGCCUUCGGCCAGGGCGAAGAGGAGGCUGAAUCUCAAAGCCUCAGUCAGCAGGGCCGCGGUGGAUGAUGAUCUGACAGGUAGGAGCAAUAUCUCACCCACCAAAGAGCCAUCACCUUCUCGCAGACACUUACCAGUUCUCCCUAUAGCUGUAAAUGUUUGCAACAGCGAUGUCGGCGAUGAAGGCGGCAAAAGGCUGAGAGAAGAACAAAAUGAAGCUCUCAAUGCGCCGUACACCCUCACCGCGUCUACAUCGGUCCCAUGGCCAGGAUUCCAUAACGAGUAUUCCGAACAGAGUCGUAGGAAAUACUUUCUUGACCACUACUUUGACAAAAUGGCCAAUAGCUUCCCCAUCAUGGAAGGGCCGACAAACCCUUUCGGCGAGAAUUUUAAGCAAUAUCUCUUUCAAAGUGAUGCCCUCACUUUCGCCAUCAUGUCGAUGUCAGCAGCGUAUCUCGAAAAAAUGGCGUAUGCAUGGCAGUACCGCGCCAUUGCCCUCAAGGUGAUGCAGAGGGAUGCUCGCCAACAGGCCUAUUCGGUGGAGAUGCUAGCUGCAAUACUCUUUCUAGGCACCACAGAGACAAGUCGUUGCUGGUUUGAUGCGGCAAAUUCGAGUUCACCGCACCUCCUUGCCGCGAGUAGGCUUAUGCUUCACACCAUCAAAUGUGGAAUAAAAGUCCCGCUGUUCUUGACCAACUUCCUCUGCUGGUUCGGGACGCUGAUGAGCUUUGUUUCUGACAACGAAGACCACGCUCUCUCAUCAUCGACCACAUACGCGCUGUGGACGGCAGGGGUGCCUUACUCGGCCCAAGACGGGGCCAGUACCGAAAUUGAUCCCCUAGUCGGCGAUUGGGGAAAUCUGAUGCCUCUUGUUGCAACAGUCGGGACAAUCGCGAGGCAAUUAAGGAGAGGAAGCAAUGAAAGGGACGUCAAGAAAAGAAUUGAUCAUGUUGAAACAUGCCUGCUUGAAUGGGGUCGCCUCGGGCAAUCGUGCCUCGAGGAGCGUAAUCCGCAUGAUAACACCUCAGAAUACCACAGUCCUACAGAUUUCGACAACAUUGCAGAGGCCUAUCGGCUGUCCUCUCUAUUGACUCUGUACAAUUUCUGCCCUCGUUUACUACGGAAACGUGUCAGCUUGCUCAACGAUGGCGAAGUUACAACUGAGAUUUUGCUACGGCUGGCUCUGUCGACCACCACGCUGUUGCGGCAUAUUCCUGCUCAGAGCAGACUUUGGCGUGUGUGUUCGCUCCCAAUUCUCUCAGCCGCUCAAUGGGUCACAGAGUCUUCGGAUCGAGACUUCCUCCGGUCGAUGACGAACAUUUCGACGCACAAGACUCGGCUUUCAUCAAUACAUUGUGUCCGAAAGUUACUAGAGGAUGUCUGGCAGAGGAGAGAUGCUGGGUUUGACAUAUGGUGGAUGGGCAUAUUGGACGAGGGCGGAACUCCAAUCCUGAUCAACUGA